UCGACCGUUAGAACAAAAUAGUAUCCGUUGCCAAAGUUCACUCCAUGUUGAACCCACCCUCCGCCCUUUUGACCAUCACUUCAGAGACAAACUGAGUUUUAGAGAGAGAAACAGUGUGUGAGAGAGAGAGAGCGGGGGAGAGCGCAAAUCAACUGAAACCCACUUUUUGUUUCCCUCUGUUGUUGUAAAAAAAAUGGUUGCAAGAACCCCACCAAAGCAGAAGAAAAUGGUGGCUCCUCUCAAUCCCACUCUGCUCAGAGAGACUGUGAACAAGGUGGACAAAUGUAUGGCUCGAUUGCAAGAGCUUCAAUACACAGUUACAGGUGGGACAAAGGUAAUCUCUGGUGUAUCUCUCAGCCCUCGCAGUACCAGAGGCUAUUUAAGAACUAGUCUCAGGUGCAAACAAGAAUCUUUAAGGAUAAAGAGUUCUAAUCCCCGGAAAUCUCCACCAGGAAAGCUUCCAACAAAUGCAGGGGAUUGGCGGCGAAUGUCGUUGCCUGCGAUGUUACUAGGAGAAACAGUAGGAGAAAUUAUGCAAGCUAGUCAAUUCGCAAGGGAAAUAGUAUCAGUAGCUUCCAAAAUGAAGAAGCUAGCCCCUUCGGAAGACCCAAAAACUCCGGUGACAAUUAGGCGAAAACAGAGGCCCAACCCCGAAAACUCUGAAAUCCGGGCACGAAGAAAGAAGGAAAAACAGAUCACAUUGCACACAAUCCGAUUAGAAUCUGAUGCUCCGACCUUCCACCGGGCUCGAUCACGGAUCAAUUUCAAGGUUUCACCUCCGAAAAAGAGAGAACAAGAGAAACAGGACAAUGCUCUGUUUUUGGCAAACAGAGUAUCACCAAGGAAUAGACCAUGGGCCAAAAAGACUGUACUUUUCCCCAACCCAUUGUUCCAUUCAUCACCCACUUCACAUCAUCACAAGUUUUGCAAGACAAAGUCUCCAAUUAUAGCUCGAAAUCGACAAACAACACCACAUAAGUUCUUGAUCAAGUCACCGUCUUCUUCUUCCAAGUUUCAAGUGAAAAUCAAGAGUCCUACACUUUCUGUUUCACCCAAAAGGCCCACUAGUUUGAGCAGAAAGUCUCCGAAGGUAUCAUCAACAGCAGCGAAGAUUCGUAGAUCAUUUUCGCCAUCAAGAUUGGCGAACAGAUUGGUUUCUCCAUUGAAAGGCAGAAAAUCUGUGCAGAAGAGUGACGGAGGAGGAGGAGUAAUGAGUGGAUUGAAGCAGCGUCCCACUUCAAUGCCGAUGAGAUUCUCAGCUAGAAGAGCACCUUUUUGAUUUACUGGUAAUGUGUGAAGAUUGGGAGUGAUUCAAGUCUAUUCUGUUUUUAUUUAUUUAUUUAUUUUUUUAUGAUAUUGUCUCAAUGUCUAUAAUUAAAUGUUUUCCUUUAUUGGUUUAAGAUUUGUUUUAUUUAUUUGCCUCAAGGUAUUUUAUCAAUAAUUCAUGAAUUUCUUUGCUGAA